AUGCAGAACAACUCUCAAACUGAGCAAAGUUCCCAUGACCCCCUAGGACGUUCGCCCAGUGAAAUUGGUUUGGAAGUGGCGUUGUCUAUUCUUUUUUGCAUCACCUCCGUCUUCGGCAACCUAUUAGUUGUCUAUGUUGUUUAUAAAGACUCCAGACUCAAGAGCUUAACGUAUGUAUUCAUCUUCAACCUGGCAUUGACUGACAUUUCCAUGGCAUCGCUGCACAUGCCCUUUUGGAUAACAACCUUACGUACGGGGACUUGGGUUUUUAGUGAGAAGUGGUGUGGGCUCUCAGCUGCACUUAUGAUGACGUUGGCAAAUGCUUCUGUCCUGACCAUGGGACUUAUCGCCUUCAACCGAUAUAUCCGAGUCGUCAAACCAGCUCUGUACAACAGCUUUUUCCCGAGCAAGAGAAUGGCAAUAUUCUACUGUGUAAUCGUUUGGAUAGCUUCAAUUCUUGUUGCAACACCACCAUUGUACGGCUGGGGCAAGAUAAUAUACUACCCUUCAUACGCUGUAUGCGGUUUCGAUUGGAAAAUCGAGAAUAUUUCAUAUGCCAUAGUUAUCGGGGGCGGAGUGAUCAAUGGGACCACAAUUUCAUUAUUUUACUGCUACUACAAGAUUUAUAAAACUCUUAAAGAAAGCACUCAAAAUCUAAAUUCCCAUAGCAGACAAGAUGGAGCGGCCCCCUCAGCACGUCCUGAGACUGAUGUAAGACUCUUGAAAACAUGCUUCACAGUCGUUUGUGUAUUUCUGAUGUCAUGGGGAACAGUGUCUGUUGUUAUGAGUCUUGAGACUGCUGGCUUCGUUAUCCCCAGAGAAAUUUCUGUGUCAGUUGUUUUCAUUAUGAACACAAGUUAUUUGGUAAAUCCAAUUAUAUACGGGAUUAUGAAUCAGCAAUUCAAAGAGGCCUUCAAAAGGGCUUUAAAAUUAGGUUGUUUGAACAACAACCACUAAGUCAGGAAGCUAAAAAAAGUGGAAACAAGCCUCGUAGCCUGCCAACCUUAAAGGGGUUUUACUGUCACGAAAUUAACUGAUCAAAAUUCAAACAGUGAGAACCGCCACCAAAUUGAGAGAAACAUGAAUGAUCGGCCCCCAAAACGUUAAAAAGGUAUAAAACACACAGCAAAUACCACAGGAGGCACAGAUGGAAAAACGUGAAGAAGAUUGAAGCAGAUUACAACUGUUGUUUUUGUAAACUUGUAGUUUGUAACGUUGUAUAUAGUGCUUGGUAGGUAUUUGCUGACACAGAGCUAGGAUUUGUCUUUCACACGUUGUUUUUUCAAGUCCCAUGGGCAAUAAGGAAGUGUCACUGGCGUUAUCAUUAAAUAAAAAAAUCCAUGACACAGCCGCAUUUUAAUCUCUUGAGACGAUACAAGGCAAGAAUUACGGGACAUACUUUUUCGUGUGGUAUUCUAAUUUAACCUUGCAUUGAUAAUGGUUGAAACCACUGUAAAUAGUAAUAUGUGUUACACCCAUAAGUCAGGAUACAUUUGUUGCGAUGAUAUACAACGAUGUUUACGCUUAAUUUAAGGCUGCUUACCCAAAAUACUCUUCAGAUUAUUAAAAGCGAUCAAAAGCGGAGAAAAUUAGCUUUCGAAUGUUUGCACUAAAUUUGGAUGACUUUUGGCGGAUAUACAGUGCAUUACAGAUCACGAUUUCUAUGAGAAUUUAUCGCAAGAUCGAUAAAAUGGUCAAAAUGAAUUAAACAGCUAUUAAAGUGUCCAUACCUCAUAAAGAGAUGUCUCUGUAUUGUUUUCUUUCUGUUCCCUGCCCUAUAAACGCCAUUUAAGCAGGCUUGGAAUGAGAAUGAAUGAGAACUAAAGAACAUAAAGCUCUGCUUCAGUAAACAUUGGCUUGUUUAGGUGAAACAUAUGCAAAUUCUUCGCUCAUGCCCAGCAAAGGAUCAUGCCCGGGGAGGGGGGGACUCCGCAUAUGAGAUGGGUGGGGAUGCUCGUUGUCUCGCUUAGGGGUGUAAAUUUCGGAUUUUGGUCUCACUUAGGGUGUUCUGGGCAAAACGCCAUCAUAUUUAGCCGUGAAGGUCUCGUUUAGGGUUGCACGCGAAAAAAAACUUAAAAAUAUAGAUUUGAUAAUGUAUAUUUUUAAUGCGUUUUAUUUACUCCAGUCAUAUAAUCCAAGUUUUCUCAUUUGUCUGCGUUUUAACAUGGUCUCUUUUAGGGGUCAAAAAAAGCUUGGGUCACGCCCAGAUCGGUCUCCUUUAGGGGUUUAAUUCAAAAUUUCCGACGAGCAUCCCCACCCCUUUCAUAUGCGGAGUCCUCCCCCCGGGGGAUCAUGCACUAUUAAAGUUGUUGAAGAACUGACCAUUUACAGCCCCUCCUGCCAACAACCCAAGCUCGAAGUCUUUACAAUUGCUAGUUUACUAUAAAAAAAGACACGUUUAAGAAAACGAUUUGAGUACAUCUCGAGAGACUAGUCUUGUAUAACUAGUAAUUACAUCGAGGUAAAUGGAAAACAGUUCAUUUCUCAAUAGCGUCAUUAUGUAAUACAGCUUUAUGUCCCUUCAUUCGCAGCAGUGCUUGAUAUUAAUUGUAAGAGCUGACGCACUUUUUAUCUUCCGACUCUCAUAUAUUGAUAGCUGAUUACUCUUUUGCAGUAAAAGUCAGUAAGGAGAUUUUAUUAGCCUGCAUAUAUAUUAUCGUGGUUUAUAUCCAGUUUGGAUUGGAAAGACAAAAAAACUAUAAUAUAAUGUGCAAAACAGCAAAUUGAGGAUAAAAUUCAAUAUAACAUGGAUGAAAAAGGACUUCGUCAGAUUUGAAAUUUACUUUGGUUUCACUUUAGUUCCAUUACUUUAUUCAGUCUAGCAACAGGAAUAAAAUACAGUAAAUACAGGGAUGAAGCGUAUAUAAAAGCCCAGAAGAAAAAAUAGUGAGGAGUUUAAAACCUGGGCUUCUCAGGUGCUAAUAAGACAAAAGAAGUAGUCAGAAUAAAUUUUAUGACUUCUAAUCGCACUUCGGCUAAAUAAAACAGGAUCAAUGUAUUUUUUAUAUUAAAAUUAAUUCUAACUUUCACAUUACGGAUAAUCAUUUAUGUGUUUGCUGGCUUAUUCGCUUUAGUAUAUUUUAAUUUUGCGUAAUUAAUCAGGGCCAAAAACUCUGCAUUCGCUUAGAUACUACAUUGAACACAUGGUCUUGGCAUAGUUGGUAGCUUCUUGGAAUCAAUUUGUUAUACUGUGAAAAAGGUUCAUUGAAAUUAUUUGACUUUUUCCCAAAAAGAGAAAGAAAGUACUUGAAUGCGACUAAUAAAAAAACACUUUGUUACCAAUAACGCCCAACACAAUACAAUGCCGUGAUUGGAAGGUAUUCAUAAGACAAUUAGUUGACGACAAUAGGCCUUUUCCUACUUAACUACAGAAUCCUUCCGGGUUUUUCUUUCUUGUGCAAAUAAGUCUUGGUAAUAAAGCAGUUUGAAUGAAUAUUGUUAUUACCUAUGAAAAACUUUAAUGUAUAUGAAAAAUAUUUGACUUUUUUACAGCAGGAAACUCUUUCAACAAAAAACCACUUUGUCCCAGUAAAACCAAAGACACCCUGUAUGUUUUCUUUCCACGUUUCAGAGCAUGUAAUGUUACCCAAGAAAAGAGUUUCUUUCAAAUUUUGUGCCAUCCAAGUGCACACGAGUGCGGAAUAAUUAUCUAUGAAAAUCUCUUGAGACCAUAGAGUGAUCUGAAUGGGGAGAACAAAACAUGCAAGCUGAAAAUGUCUAUACAAAGCCGUUUAUUAGAAGGCAGUUGUUGACGAUAAAAUAAAUUCCCACCAUAAAGUCCUUAUUAGAUGGCAGCAUUUCAUUAUACAGAGCAAAACCGAUCAGAAGCCCCCUGCUAAAGCAACGAGGCCAAACUUUCCAGAAAGUUGGUGAGUUUUUCAGAUUUAUAGGCAAGUUAAGUUAAAAGCAAGGUUUUAUAUUUGCCACCUUCGAAGCUUACCGUUUUAGGGCUUUUAUCAGAACACAUUCUAAGUUAUUGGCGUUCAAUUGUUGCCAUUUAUCUAUAAAUAAAAGAAGAGAGUUACUUUGAGGCAACAAAAUAAAAGCAAUGCCCGCGGUAAUUGGCGCCACGCGCUUGUACUUGAGGUGACCUUAAUUGGCGAACCUAAGUAAAUAUCCUUUCAUCAGGUAACUUUAGCCGCUGUGACUUGACUAACUUGCCUCCUUUUAUUAUCAUCACAGUAAGCGUCGAUUCCAAAAUCUAUCUUAGUGUCUGACUGCUGAACUCGCAAAGCUUUUGCACAGGUGAGUUGCAAUUCUCUUUUCGUAUUUCCUUCCAUACAGUUCCAAAUCGUUUCAUGAAUAUUAGAUGAUUCACCUUGCCUUCUUGUUUCCUUGGCUGCUAGCCAGCUAUACAUACUCGCGCAGUAUGCUACUGAGAGGCAAUAUUGCAGUCACAAGGAACAUUGGGGAUAGCAAAUUCCCGUCGAAUAUCCCUCUUGACCCAUACCCUCGCUGGGGUCUUCUUACUUCUCUUACACGCCGUUUAAUGUUGUCUGCAGCAUCUACAAGCUUAAGAGUUUAUAAUAAUAUUUUAACGAAAUACUUGUUGUUUUAUAUCAAAAUAAUUAUCAUCAGUAUCUUCACUUACAUUGUGUUAUUGUCGUUUUAGUGUUGAUAUUGUUACUCUAUAUUUAUCCUUUUUGUGCAGGUUGUUCUGAUAUAACAUGCAGAACAUCUCUCAAACUGGACGAAGUUCCCAUGACCCCCUAGGACGUUCGCCCAGUGAAAUUGGUUUAGAAGUGGCGUUGUCUAUUCUUUUUUGCAUCACCUCCAUCCUCGACAACUUGUUAGUCAUCUAUGUUGUCCAUAAAGACUCCAGACUCAAGAGCUUAACAUAUGUAUUCAUCUUCAACCUGGCAUUGACUGACAUUUCCACGGCAUCGCUGCACAUGCCCUUUUGGAUAACAACCUUACGUACGGGGACUUGGGUUUUUAGUGAGAGGUGGUGUGGGCUCUCAGCCGCUCUUAUGAUGACGUUAGGGGCUGCUUCUAUCCUGACCAUGGGGCUUAUCGCCUUCAAUCGAUACAUCCGAGUCUCCAAACCAGCUCUGUACAACUACCUUUUCCCGAGCAAGAGAAUGGCUAUAUUCUACUGUGUAAUCGUGUGGAUAGCUUCAAUUCUUGUUGCAUCACCGCCAUUGUACGGCUGGGGUAAGAUGAUAUACUAUCCUUCAUACGCUGUCUGCGGUUUCGAUUGGAAAAUCGAGAACAUUUCAUAUACCAUAGUUGUCGUGGGCGGAGUGAUCAACGGCACCACAGUUUCAAUAUUUUACUGCUACUACAAGAUUUAUAAAACUCUUAAAGAAAGCACUCAAAAUCUAAAUGCCCAUAGCAGACAAGAUGGAGCGGCCCCCUCAGCACGUCCUGAGACUGAUGUAAGACUCUUGAAAACCUGCUUCACGGUCGUUUGUGUAUUUCUGAUGUCGUGGGGAACAGUGUCUGUUGCUAUGAGUCUUGAGACUGCUGGGUUCGUUAUUCCCAGAGAAAUUUCCGUGUCAGUUGUUUUUAUUAUGAACACAAGUUGUUUGGUAAAUCCAAUUAUAUACGGAAUUAUGAAUCCGCAAUUCAAAGAGGCCUUCAAAAGGGCUUUAAAAUUAGGUUGUUUGAACAACAACCACUAAGUCAGGGAGCUACAAAAAGUGGCACCAAGCCUGGUAGUCUGCAAGGGGCUGUACUGUCACGAAAUUUACUGAGCAAAAUUCAGACAGUGAGAACCGCCAUCAAAUUGAGAGAAACAUGAAAAUAAGCCAAACAAAAAGCAGGUACGGAUGGAAAAACUUGAAGAAUAUUGAACUUGAUUGCAAUUGUUCUUUUUGUAAACUUGUAAACUUGUUGUUUGUAACGUUUUAUAUAAUGCUUGGUAUGUAGUUGCUGAUACAGAGCUAGGAUUUGUCUUUCACACAUUUUUUUUUAAGUUCCAUAGGGAAUAAGGAGGUGUGACUGGCAUUAUAUUUAAUAAAAAAUCCGUGAUACAGCCCCAUUUAAUCUCUCGAGAUGAUACAAGGCAAGGAUUACAGGACAUGCUUUUCGUGUGGUAUUCUAUAUAACCCUGAGUUGCAAAUGAUUGAAAGCACUGUAAAUAGUAGUACAACACGGACCCAUAAGUCAGGAUAAAUUCGAAGGGAUGAAACACAACGAUGUUAACGCUUGAUUAAAGGCUGCUUACCCAGAAUACCGUCUAGAUAUUAUUAAAAGGUAUCAAAAGCGGAGAAAAUUAGCUUUGAAAUGAGAUGUUUUGCACUAAACUUGGAUGACUUUCGCCGGAUAUACAGUGUAUUACAGAUUAAGAUUUCUAUGAGAAUUUAUCGCAAGAUCGAUAAUAUGGUUAAAAUGCACAUAAACAGAUAUUUCGAGAUAUUAAAGAGUCCAUACCUCAUAAAGAGAUGUGUCUGUAUUGUUUGUUUUCUUACUGUUUCCUGCCCAAUAAACUGGCGCCAUUUAAGCAGGCUUUGAAUGAGAAUGAAUGAGAACUCAAGAACGUAAAGCUCUACUUCAGUAAACAAACAUUGGCUUGUUUAGGUGAAACAUAUGCGAAUACUUUACUUAUGCCCAGAAAAGGAUGAUGCACGGUUACCUGAGUUGCAAACAAGUCGAACAAACCAAGCUCGAAGUCUUUAUAAUUACUAGUUUAUUUUCAAAAAAGACACGUUUAAGAAAACAAGAUGAGUACACCACGAGAGACUAGUCUUGUAGAAGGAGCAAUUACAUCGAGGUAAAUGGAAAACAGUUCAUUUCAGUCUCUGAGAAUAGCGCCAUUAUGCAAUAUCCAUUAUCUCCAUUCAUUCGCAGCAGUGCUUGAUGUUAAGUGUAAGACCUGACGCACUUUUUAUCUUCCGACUCUCACUUAUUGAUAGCCGAUUGCUCUUUUGCGGUGGUCAGGAAGGAGAUUUUAUUAGCCUGCAUACAAAACUAUAAUAUAAUGUGCAAAACACAGAAAAUUGAGGAUAAAAUUCAGUAUAACAUGGAUGAAAAAGGACGUCGUCAGAUUUGAAAUUUGAAAUUUACUUUGGUUUCACUUUAGUUCCAUUACUUUAUUCAGUCUAGCAACAGGAAUAAAAUACAGUAAAUACAAGGAUGAAGCAUAUAUGAAAGCCCAGAAGGAAACAUAAUGAGGCGUAUAAAACCUGGGCUUCCCAGAUGCUAAUAAAACAACAGAGGUAUUGAGAAUGAAUUGUAUGACUUCUAAUCGCACUUCGGCUAAAUAAAACAGGAUCAAUAUAUUUUAGAUAUUAAAGUUAAUUCUUUCACAUCAGGGUUAAUCAUUUAAAAAAUGUGUUUUGUGGUUUUUUCGCUUUCGUAUAUUUUAAUCUUGGCUUACUAUUAGAAAUCAGGGCCAAAAACUCUGCAUUCGCUUUGGUACAGUACAUUGAACAUAGUCAUGGCAUAGUUGGUAGCGUCUUGGAAUCAAUUUGUUAUACUAUGAAAAAGGUACGUUAAAAAUAUUUCACUUUUUCCCAAAAAGAGAAAGAAAGUUACCAAUAAAGCCGAGCACAAUACAAGUCCGUUUAUUAGAAAGCAUUCAAUUAGUUGUUCCGACAUGAUAAGCCUUUUGCACGAUGGCGUCGUUUUACUACACCUUUUUCCCUUUAUUACCGGGAUAUAUAAGUUUCCAUUAGCGUCAAACAUUCGUCAUUAAAACGAAUGUGUAAUGAUUGUAGAAAACUAAACAGUGCUGUACUAUAUCACGGCGUUGAUAAUGGUUGAAACCGCUGUAAAUAGUAGUAUAAUACGGGCUCAUAAGUCAUGAUAACGAAUUUCUGGUAACCUAGCCACCCAAGACCUCUCACACAUACAAAGUCCUUGAGAGCCAAACAAAGAAAAUCCCAAGGUUAAAUGAGUGAGGAGUUCCAUGUAAAUAAAAACAGAGUCUAAACGUAUACUGGUGUGUCUUUUCCUGACUCUAAGGCUACAAUAAAAAGAGGAAAAACGGACUAACAAGGGUCAAGAAACUCCCAUUUUGCCCAAAAAGAAAAAUUUCGCUAAUAAAGCUCUUUCUAAUGACGAGACUAUACUUCCAAGGGUCUUGAAUUUAUACCAACUCCUCCCGUUCCGUUGUCUAAAAAAUCCUACUAAAGCAUUUUAAUACUUUUGCAAAAACAAUUCUUUUAAGAUAAAUAAAUAUAUCAGCGAAAGAAAAAUUAAAACCGAAUGCACAUUCAUUUAUCCAGUGGCACCCAUACUUUCUUUAAUAACAACACAUUUGUUUUAGGGGCCGACCAUUUGAUUUUUGAGGAGGAGGGGGAAGGAGGGUAUGGGUGAUUUGGCUUGGGAAAGAAAUCUUUUUUUUCCCAAACCUCUGGUAAAAGAACUUUUUCCUGGCAUACAACCGUGUACGAUUUUUUUACAGCAUUAUACGUCAUUAAGCGUAUUUAGUGCAAGAUUCUUUUUCCCUCGAAAACAGUCUGCAGGAUAUUUUUUUCUGAAAUCACCUAUACCCCCCCGCCCCUCAAAGUCAAAUGGUCGGCCCGGUUGGAACAGGUGACCGCAGUCAAUAAUCAUGAACUGAAGCAGUAAUUACAAGAGUGAAGUUUAUGAGUUUUCCUAUUGUUAAUGAGAAGACACCAUGACACCAUAAAUUUGCAUGCGUGUAAUUACACUAUUUUUUCUAUAACAAUAUAUUUCAUAAGAAUAUCGAGGCCGAAAUUUGUGAAAUUUUAAGAAUAGUUAAGAAUAAACUCUAGGCUGAGAGUUUGAAAAGGACUCAGAAUUAAGAAUAUUUUCAGCCUAAAAUCGGCAGAAAAAUAAGAAUAUUCAGUCUGGGACGAAAAAACAACAUUCUUAUAUAAAAUAAAUGUGUAAGCUUAAUGGGGCUAAAAUCCCGCUAUUCAUGCCACAGGUAGCCCAAGCUCGAAAUAUGAGCGUCGGCGAGCUUCGACAUUGUUGCGUAACAUUCAAAAUAUAAGGAUUUGUAUGGGAAAAAAAAACCUAUCGUUUCUGUAACCCAGGAAAAUGAAAGGAUUUCAAUAAAAGACAGCUUACCUUACUUAAAAUGUGUGUCGCGUCUCUCCUGUGUGGUCCACGGGCCGAUUUAUGGCCGUUUUAUGGGUUUUUGCGUAAAUGGUUUUCUCUAUAUAUAAAGGUGAUACCUCUAUAUAGAGGUAUAUAUUAACGGUUUUCUCUAUAUAUAAAGGUAAUACCUCUAUAUAGAGAGAAAACCGUUUACAUAAAAACCCAUAAAUUGGCCAUAAAUCGGCCCGUGGACCACACAGGAGAGACGUGACACACAUUUUAAGUAAGGUAAGCUGUUUUUUUUACUGAAAUCCUUUCAUUUUCGUAGGUCACAGAAACGAUAGGUUUUUUUUCGCAUACAAAUCCUUAUAUUUUGAAUGUUACGCAACAAUGCCGAUGCUCGCCCAUGCUCAUAUUUCGAGCUUGGGCUACCUGUGUUCAUGCUAAAACAUUUUGCGCACCGACCGAAUUCCAAAAAUAAUGGCCCAGUUUUGUUGUUAAUUUUAGGUGUUGAAUUAAACUGUUUUUUGAUGUCUAUUGCAACGAAUGGCAAGGAGAGACAUGGAUUGAAACGUGAAGAAUUUGCGCCACCUUUUCAACUUUAAUGUUAUGACUGCAAAAAUCACCAAAAAGCUAUUAUAGUUAAUACUCUAUGAGGAUGAAAUUGGUCUUCAUCUUUUUGUGUACGGGUAAUUAUAUGCAGUAAGUAAUAACUUCAACACAGAAUUAACAUAAAACAGCAAUAUCGUUCCCCUUAAAUGUUUUAAAUAGCCAUCAAUUAAACAUGCUGAAUUCGCGGGUAGUUGAUUUGGUUCAGUGGGGAUCCAAUCGUUGCUUUGCAAACAACUAGUUGCUUCUUGCUACGUGACAUAACAUCUUUAAUCUAUAACUAGACAGCUGUUGAGUUAAAUGAAUAAAUCAUGCUGUUAGAGUCGAUUUAAGACAUCUUGUUUUUUUUUAAAGUGUUCACUUCUACUUUCAGGUUCAAUGGAGCAAGUAUAUAUAUAGGAUAAAAAACGCACGAUUGGAAUUCCGAAAGCCAUUUUUCAGGUAUUUUAUACUUCAGUCUUUGCAGCUGCUUAAAAUUAGAUGAGAGAACAGUGAAAACUGCCUCGUUUUUUUUAAAAUAUUUGUACGUUUUGCCAAAAAAAGGAAAUAAUCCAUUGGGCGGACUCUCAUCUUUCUAGCUGAUAGCUAAAUAAAACAAAUAUAAAAGCAUUAUAUAAGUGUGCAAAACAGCGCUCUCUUUUUCUUUCUAAAUGAGUGAGUAUUAUAUAAAUACUGAGUUAACGCUAUAUAAGCAAUAUUGUGCAGAAUACUUCGCCCUGGAAAAAAAUGGCUGUGGAAUUCUUGUCCUGUAAAGUUGCAUGAAUUGUUAACGUCGAAGAAAGAGUAAAUUGUUCUUAAUAAAGGAUGAAGAGAAAAAGCCUUUUCAGAUCAAUAACAGUUUGCUAGUGUACAAAUUUAAAAGUACUUCCUCCAUUUAUGAGGGCUGGGAUUGGAAAUAUAAGAUUUUAAUAUUUGAAGGUUGAAUGUUUUCCCAAUAGGGGGCAUAAUAACUGUAAAGGUUGAAGACCAGCCACAAUGUAGCUACAAUGUAGAGGAUUGGCCAGAGCAUGUUCUAAUUUUAAAGUCAUUUUAGCGAUAGCAUCCAAAUGGAAAUAAAGACAUCGUCAUUCUUUUGGGAUUCAAGUAUUUCCAGUCAUUCAUUAUUGCGACGGCGUUCCGAAUUUUCCAUUAAUCCACAUAAUUCUUAUUCAUCUUCUAUGAGAACCCUUCAUUCAUUAUUCGUUAUACUUCUCGAUCUAGUCUCCUCGAAUGCUAAUGUUUACGUUUUACAACUUGAAGAACUCAGGUGCUACCAACUACAGCAGCAACAGCAGGAACAACUUAACAUAUCUAUUUUCAUAUUUGCAUACAUUUACAGCUGUUUGAAAGGGGAAAAGAUGAGGAAGCGCAAAAAAAAGUGAAACGCACAAGGAAAGAAUUCAUUUUUUAGACUUCAUAAUAUGUGAUUAUUCAGUUACUUCAAUAUUGUUACUAUUUUUUUUUUAAAUCUUAAGAUUAUAACAGUGUGACAACAUAUUCAUGAUCCAGCAACUAAGGCCCAGUUAUUUAAACGGAGUUUACCUAGUGUUCUAAAAACCGCGUUCUAAGCCAUUUUCAGUUUGCCGAACGCUUUUAUAUAAACACCAUUUAUCGCGAACACUGAGGGCGCGAUCCAUUCAACCAAAACUUCCGGAAAUUUCGGUCCAAAACUCAAUGGAUCGGUUCGGUCCAACCGGAAAAGUUUCGAAAAAACAGGUCCACCUUUUGAGGUGGUCCUCUUUUCCCGGUCGGACCGGUCUGAAUUUUGGUUGAAUGGAUCGCGCCCUGAAUUUCAUGAAAGCAUGUGGCGUAGCCAGGGAAAGCAUUUGUCCUCUUAAAAAAACCCAGGCUUAGGAGAGAAACUUGCAACUAUUACCUAAUUGUAACUGCUUAACUACUAUGCAGGGUAGGUACAAUUCUCACUUCAUUACAGCUUGACUGUUGUAUCAUUUUUUGCAGGCUUAACACUUCUAUUGUCUCCUGAUAUAAUAUGACGAACAGUUCUCGAACUGAACCGAGUUCCCACGAUCCUUUAGGACGUUCAAGCAGCGAAAUAAGUUUAGAAGUGGCCUUGGCCAUUCUUAUUUGCGUCACCUCAAUCCUCGAUAACUUGUUAGUCGUCUAUGUUGUCAAUAAUGACUCCAGGCUCAAGAACGUAACGAAUAUGUUCAUCCACAACCUGGCAUUAACUGACAUCUCCAUGGCAACGCUGCAAAUGCCUUUUUGGAUAAUAAGCCUUCACAAAGGGGCUUGGAUUUUUAGCGGGAAGUGGUGUGAACUUUCAGCUGCAAUUGUGUCUACGUUUGGACUCGCUUCUUUCUUGAAUAUGGGGCUUAUCGCCUUCAACCGGUACAUUCGCGUGGUUAAACCAGCACUGUAUAACAAACUUUUCCCUGGCAAGAGAAUGGCAAGACUCUACUGUGUUAUCGUAUGGAUAGCUUCUACGCUUCUUGCAACACCGCUAUUGUACGGGUGGGGUAAGAUGGCGUACCAUCCCUCUUUUGCUUUCUGCACUGUUACCUUUAAUAUUCAGUAUAUUUCAUAUGCCAUAGCUGUCACAGGACUGUUCAUGGUAACCACUAUUGCAAUGUUUUAUUUCUACUACAAGAUUUAUAAGACUCUCAGAGAAAGCACUCAAAAUCUACAUGCCCAUAGCACAGAAGAGGGAGUGUCCCCAUCAGAACGUCGUCGAACUGAUAUAAAACUCUUGAAAACCAGUUUCACUGUCGUUUGUACGUUUUUGAUGACAUGGGGACCAGCCUGUAUCGUUGUGAUUGUUGAGACCGCCGGAUGUUUUAUUCCCAGGAGGAUUUUUGUGACAGUGGCUUGCCUUAUGUUCACCAGUAGUUUAGCAAAUCCAAUUAUAUACGGCAUCAUGAAUCCACAGUUCCGAGCGGCCUUCAAAAGAGCUUUAAGUUUUGGUCGGCAUGGCAACGACCAAGUGAGGCCGAGUCGUACAGCAAAUGAAAGCAAGUCUUGA